AUGGAGAUGGAACAAGAGGUGAACUUAGAAGAAGAAACGCAAGAUUCAGAUGAUGAUUUUCUUGAUUCAGAGGAAGUUAGUCGUACUACAGCUGUGCAACAUGAUGAAACUUCACCGAGUGUUCGUUCCAAGAAGAGGAAAAAUCGAAGCGACGAGGGGUUUUACAAGGUGUUUGGCUUAAUUACAGAAAGUCUUAAAGAAAUAUCAAAGGACUUGAGUGAAGGUAUUAAAUUUGACAUGAAGAUUAACGAGUUAAGUGAGAAGAUCCCUCCAACGAUUUUAAAGAUGAAUUCAAUAAGUCAACUUGAAAAGUUCAAAGCUUUGACCAAGAUAAGAAGUGAUCCCAUUAAUGUUCAAAUUUUUUGGGAAAUUGAAGAAGGUGAUAGAGAAGCUUCGGGAGAGAGUGGUUAUGGUUCUAGUUCUGGCCCACGUGGCCACAGUGGAUCAGGUGUGGUUGAUGAAAGCCUACAUGUUCUGGUGGAUUCUGAGGUCUCGAGGGCCUUAUUUGAGGUGGUACCAACAUUGGUUACAAAUUUGAAGGAUGAGAUGAUUAAGAUGAUCGACGAUAGGAAUGUAGCCACUAUAAGGGUUAGACAACCAGGAGUCGGUGACAUCACUUGCCAUGAUAUGGUAAUGUAUCAUCUCCCAUUUCUAAAAGGAGGAAGUAUCAGGUUCUUAGUAUGCAAUGGAUAG